CCGGAGCCAGAGGAACGGAGGAUACGGGCAGCACGUUGCAGCACGCAGUGAAAUCUUGCCCUCAACACCAAAAAAGGUUGGACCCCACCCCCACCCCUGGGUAAACCACAACCAAUGAAUCUGCACGUGAGGUUAUUCUGGAUCCUCACUCCUCUGGCCCAUGGAUUGGUCAUGUUUGAUACCGAGGAGGUGCAAUACAUAGAGACACAGGUGAAAGGAGUCAUUGGCCAUUCUGUAGUGCUGGAAUGUGGAGAAUCCUUACCAAGCAUUUACAUCUGGGGUUUCAGCAGAACUGGCUUCAUUGACAUCCGAGCAGUGUUGUAUAAUUACGGACAAGGAGCCAAACUGCAGAAAAUGGCUUCAAUCUUUGGUGAUGUGCGCGUGGUCUCUGAUAGUGCAGCCCUUGUCAUAAGCAAUUUGCAGUUAGCAGCGGAAGGACGCUUCACAUGUCAAAGCUUGUACGAGACUGAUGAUGGAACAAAACUUGUGUACACCUUUGUGAAUGUAUUUGUUCUGAUUCCAGUUUCCAAACCAUUCAUUGAGCUGAGCAACUCAUCCCCCGUAGAGGGUUCUGUAGCAUUCGUGUUGUGCACAGUGGAAAAUGGAACUCAACCCCUUGAGUACACUUGGACUAGGCAGUCCACGCUGUCAAAAAAGUUUGUGAAUGUCUCUGAAGCAACAGGAGGGCUAGUGAAUCUAACUUCUGUCCACCGGAACCACACAGGAUGGUACACCUGCUCUGUCAGGAGUGAGGUGAAUGAAGAGAGCAGCGACCCACUGUGGCUUGAAGUGAUAUUUGGCCCAGAUGAGCCAUUCAUUAAUGUUACUCCAUACACUCUCAAUUCAAUGGGAUAUUCAGCAAUUGAAUGGGAUACCAUCUUCCUGACAUGUUCAGCCUCCUCCAAUCCACCCAGCCACUACAUCUGGUUCUACAAUAACUCCCAGAUUUACUCAGGGCAGCGAUUUGUCAUUAAGAAAAUAUCCCGAAGUCAGGCAGGAGCUUACAUGUGUCUUGCACAGAACUCUGCCCUCAAUGCCAGAACCAAGACCACAAUCAUACUCACUGUCUACUAUCUACCUGAUGGGAAGCCCACCUGCACAGUGCUGGCGGUAAAUAAUUAUCAGGAUGUAGCUUUGUGGUGCUCGUGGCAAGGCGGCCAUCCAGCAGCGGGUCUCCAGUGGCUUGAAGUAAAGGACGGCAUAAUUGAUGUGAUGGAAUAUUCCAGUCUUACCAAAGUCAAGGCAGGAGAGGAUAUCCUGAACAACAGUACCUAUACCUGUCAUCCCUCUCACCCAGCUCUGAGAUCAGACUUGUCCUGUAGGACUACAGCACUUUUACCAGAGGAGCAGCCGAAGUGUUCUGCGACUGCGGUGAAGAACAACGAGUACACAAUGUUGUCCUGUAGCUGGGAGGGAGGUCUGCCCUUGGCUUCACUGCAAUGGAAAAACUGGAGAAACCAGCCUCUGGGGAACUUGGAACGUUCAAUCAACAACCAAGUGCUAAAGUCUACCACAGCUUACAAUGGCAAAGACUUUGUCUGCCAGGCAGCCCAUCCCUUAACCAGUGAUGAGAUGUGUAGUGUCCGACUAGAAGCCCCUGUUCUCGUCACACCAAGGAGUGCGAUGACAGUGUUUGAAGGGAGUGAUGUCCACCUGACCUGUAUACUGCAAGUUGCUUAUCCUGUCUCAGAAAUUAUCUGGUACAACAAUCGGAACGAAAGCAUUUGGCUGGCACCGAAAAAGUACCAGCUGCAUCAAGAGGUCUUCUGGUCCAAUCUUACAGUGAGGGAGACCGAUGGCAAUGGUGACAGCGGACCUUACUGGUGCACAGCCCUAAACGUGGUGGGGUAUUCCACCCUGGUCAUCAGACUUCAUGUCAAAAAGUAUCCUACGCCUCCAAAUGUCACAAUCAGCAAACUGCUGUUCGGGAGGCAGAGAACAGAGGUACUGCUGGAGUGGACCACUCGAGGCUCAGGUGAUCUGACCGGAUUCCUGGUGCAGCGACAGCCAGUGAGACGGUCUGUGAUGCCGAACGGCCGCACGUCAGCUUUAACAAAGGAAGAACCACACCACUGGGAGACUGUGGUCAGUGCAGUUGACGCUGAUAUCCGAGGUCACAAGUUAGGGGGUCAAGAUCCCUCUAUUUUAUAUGCUUUCCGCAUUUUGGCUGUCAAUCAUAGGACAACUGGGUUUCCUUCUGAAGUGAAAACUCCAGGCUUCCCGGUAGGCAUAGCCCUCCAUUCCUGUUAAGUCAACACGAUUAAGAUGUUUAAAGGACAAUUUCUAUUUUCAUCUGGCAAUUCGAGGGGUCGGAGGUAUUCAAAUCGCUGCCAUGUUCAGUCUCUGGUUAUUUUUAAUUGUGAGCAGGAACGUACUUUGUGAGCGCUGAAGCUAUAUUGUUAUGAAUCAUAAAUAUCUGGGUUUGCUUUGAAAGGUAGCCUUUCAUUUUCAGAUAUCCCCAAUAUCAUGUUUAUUUUAAAAGGAAAUAUCUGCUGUAUCUAUGGAGUCGGGACAAGAGUUCCAACCCUUUCUCCCAGUUCACAGCAGAAGGUCAAGCUUUUCCUUAACCCAUUUGUUUCCAGUUACAGCCUGUUCCUAGGAAAAGAGGAUUACUCUGCACCUGCCUCUUCCCAUUUACCACAGUGAUAACCACAGUAGGUAAUCAACACUUUGCUGCCCAGCGAGACAACACAAUGACAACUUUAUAUCAAAUACCAAUCAGAAAUAUUGCAUAUUUACAAAGAGACGUACAUUUAGUAUUUUCACUUUCAUACUGAAACAUGUAUUUGACGAAAGAAGGAAAUAUUGCAAGUUUUGAUAUUAUUCAUUGUUUGAUGGUCAAUGCCAUUCAUUAUUGGAAGACCGGCAUUGGGUGAUCUGGCUCUAAGAGUUUAUUAUGGUCCAACUUUAACAAUAGAGCCAAAGUGCAUUAGACGUAUUUGAUCACAUGUUCAUAGAUACAUUUCAGAUAAACUUUUCUUCAGUGUGGUGGUCUGACCCUGGAAAGUAACAACAGCAAAAUUACAUUUGUACAGCGCCAUUCACAGCGUUGCCCAAAAAAAUGUUCCUGGAAAGUAAGGUGACUAGAGGCAGAAUCUGUGAUGGGUUUCAAGAUAGAAUAAAUUGGUUUAUUGCAAGUUAGAGGCUUGAAGGGGAAUGGGAGCUUGGGCAUGGAAGACAGGGCAGGGCAGGGGGAAUUGAAUGUCCCGAGAGCUGGUGCAGACACAAUGAAUCGAAUGGCCUCCCUCUGCCCUGUAAUUAUGUAACUUUACCUCGAUCUAUAAAAUCACACCUUCUUCAAAGAGUUCAUGAAUUAGGUAUCAUUUUCUGUGGUUCUGUGGAGCAUUCCUGUUUCAGGAUUUAAGCAAACCAUCACAGGAGGCAACAGCAAACAACAGUGAAGAUCUCUUACAAUUCUUAAAUUAUUACCUUCUGAUGAUUCUUCCUUCCAUUCAAAUUGGACUCAGUUAAGUACCCAUAAUGCAAGAAAAUAUUUUACUCAAAUAACCACCCUUAGGAAUACUUGCACAGAAGCAUCUUUCAGGAUGAACCGUAAAUCUUUGUACUUUUAUCAUUUUAAGUAAGUUUGAUAUCUGCCAAAAGUCCUUCUUGAGAAGAA